UUUUUUGUCUCAGUGUCUCGGUGAUCAACAACAACCUAUUUACUCUUUUUUCAUUUCAUUUUUGAUUUUUUUUCAAUUCCAACGAAUUUUCGCUUACCAUAACUCUCUUUCUCUUUCUUUUUUUUUGUUGUUGUUGUUUCUAUUCAACAAACAUUGAAUUUCUUAUCAGCAUUUAUCAUCAUCCACGAACCAAAAGAGAAAAGAAGAAGAAGAAAAAAGUAUUCACUGUACGUUGAUCAUCAUCAUCAUCACUUUGAAGUUGGAAAUUGGUAAUUUAGCACCAUAAACUUUCGAAAAAAAUUAUUUGUUGUCGUUUUUGUUGUUGUUGUUUUUGAACAAAAUUGAAUUAAAUUUUCAUUUUUUUUUCUGAAUUUCUAAAUAAUCAAUCCCAAGAUAGCCGAUCAUGUCGCCAGCUAAAAAGGAAGUUUAUAUUGUUGCUGCAAAACGUACACCAUUAGGUUCAUUUCAAGGUUCACUUUCAUCAUUAUCGGCAACAAAACUUGGUUCAAUUGCUAUACAUGCAUGUUUAGAAGAUAUUGGUCUUUCGGGUAAUGAUAUUGAUGAAGUUAUUAUGGGAAAUGUAUUACAAGCAAAUAUUGGUCAGGCACCAGCAAGACAAGCAUCAUUAGGUGCUGGUAUUAUAAAUACUGCACCAUGUACAACAGUCAAUAAAGUUUGUGCAUCCGGUAUGAAAGCAUUAAUGUUUGGUACACAAAGUAUUAUGCUUGGUGAUAAUGAUAUUGUUAUAACUGGUGGUUUCGAAAGCAUGUCAAAUGUUCCAUAUUAUCUUUCAAGAGGUAAUACACCGUAUGGUGGUGUUAAUCUUGUUGAUGGUGUUGUUCGUGAUGGUCUAACCGAUGCAUAUGAUCAAAUUCAUAUGGGCGUUUGUACGGAAAAUCUUGCACAAACAUUCAAUAUAACCCGUGAAGAGACCGAUGAAUUUGCAAGACAAUCAUAUCAACGUGCAGCUAAAGCACGUGAUACGGGUAUACAUGCAAAAGAAAUUGUACCAGUUAUUAUACCCGGGCGUAAAGGAAAACCCGAUGUAACAGUUACCGAUGAUGAAGAAAUUGGAAAAGUUAAUUUCGAUAAAAUACCAUAUCUUAAUCCUGUAUUUCGAAAAGAUGGUACAAUAACGGCUGCAAAUGCAAGUUCAUUGAAUGAUGGUGCCGCCGCUUGUAUAUUAAUGUCUGAAACGGCAUUAUCAAAAUAUGAUUAUCAACCAAUGGCAAAAGUUAUUGGUUUUGCCGAUGCUGCAAUCGAACCAAAAGAUUUUGGUAUUGCUCCUGCCUAUGCUAUUGAAAAAUUACUUAAAAAAACUGGUAUUUCGAAAUCACAAAUUGCUCAUUGGGAACUGAAUGAAGCAUUCAGUACAGUUGGUUUGGCCAAUAUCAAAAAACUUGGUCUUGAACCAUCAAAAGUUAAUCCAUAUGGUGGAGCCGUUAGUAUGGGACAUCCACUUGGAUGUUCUGGUGCACGUAUUGUCAACAUUCUAGCACAUCAUCUUAAUCCGGAAGAAUUUGGUCUUGCUGCAAUCUGUAAUGGUGGUGGUGGUGCUUCAGCUGUACUUAUACAAAAGCUGUGAUAUUAUUAUUAUUAUU